UCAAUGAUGCGAUAAGUUGGAGCCCUGACAAACGCAGCCAACAUACUUUAUAUAUAUGAAGAGUUUUAGCUCCCUCUUGUUUCUGUGUACCAACUGUUGAGGCAGUGUUCAGAGGGUCUCAAUUCAUCUUCGACCAAACAAAAUCUACCAAAGCUAGUUCUAACUUUCAAGUCUUAGUUCUUUCUUGUCAAAGAGAGAAAGAGGGCAGGCUAGCUAUGAAUAUGGAAGGCACGCCGGCUCUCCAUGGAUACUACAUGCCUGCAGAGUGGGAACCCCAUUCACAGUGUUGGAUUGGAUGGCCUGAACGCCCAGAUAACUGGAGAGACAAUGCAGUGCCUGCUCAACAGGUGUUUGCCAAGGUCGCAUCUGCAAUCUCAAAGUUUGAGCAUGUGACUGUCUGCGCAAGUGCCGCUCAGUGGGCAAAUGCACGAAGUCAGCUACCAGAAAAUAUCAGGGUUAUCGAGAUGAGCUUGAAUGAUUCUUGGUUCCGUGAUACAGGGCCAACAUUUGUCAUAGGAAUAAGUGCAUCCUCUUCUUCUACCCCAGAGCCAAAGGUUGCUGGUAUUGAUUGGAACUUUAACAGUUGGGGAGGCAUUGAUGAUGGUUGUUACCGAGACUGGAGUCAUGACCUUCUUGUGGCACAGAAGAUCCUGGCAGUUGAGAAGCUUCCAAGGUUUCCACACUCAAUGAUUCUCGAAGGUGGAAGCAUCCAUGUAGAUGGAGAAGGGACUUGCCUCACCACCAAGGAGUGCCUCUUAAAUAAAAACAGGAACCCAGAUUUGACCAAGGAGCAAAUAGAGGAUCAACUUAAGGCAUACCUUGGAGUGAGGAAAGUUAUUUGGUUGCCUCGUGGAUUAUAUGGAGACGAUGACACUAAUGGUCACAUCGACAAUAUGUGCUGUUUUGUGAAGCCUGGUGUGGUUUUGUUGUCCUGGACUGAUGAUGAAAAGGAUCCUCAGUAUGAAAGAGCUGUGGAAGCCUUUUCUGUUCUAUCUAAUACUACUGAUGCCAAUGGUAGGAAAUUAGAAAUAAUUAAACUUCAUGUACCUGGGCCACUGUACAUGACAGAUGAAGAGGCUACUGGAAUUUUUCAGGAGGACUGUGAAGCUAAACCGAGACUUCCAGGCACGAGACUUGCUGCUUCAUAUGUAAAUUUCUACAUUGCCAAUGGAGCAAUCAUUGCACCCCAAUUUGGGGACCAGAAAUGGGAUGAUGAGGCUGUUCGUGUCCUAUCUCAAGCCUUUCCAAACCAUGAAGUGGUAAGAAUUGAAGGUGCAAGGGAGAUUGUUCUAGCGGGGGGAAAUAUACAUUGCAUCACUCAGCAACAACCACGCAUUCCACACAGUAUCGUCAACCACGAUUGAUUUCAUACAUACAUCGUCAGUGCAGACAGAGCAUUUGUGUGGGAUUAAGCUAAAAGAUGAAUCACAUAGCUUGAUUUAUCAGUUACAUUUGUUUCAGGUCCAUAAGAUGGUGGGAGACAAGCUUAAGCUUCUCCAAUUUGUACUAUUAUAGAAUAUUGAUUGACACAAAUACAGACGAUGGCUUGUAAGCCUCCAGAACCAGAUUAUAGUUCUGACUAUGUGAAGUUGCAUAAGUGUACCAAAUUAUAGUUUGGCCAACUCAGGUUUCAGCGGCAGAUCAGUUUUUCUUUUUAA